AUGCAUAGUAAAAGUCUGCUUGAUAGAAUAGUUUGUUUUUUCCUUCUUGAUAUUGCUUCUGGUUCUGGAAGUGCUGCGUGUGGGGUUAUUUGUUUAUUACGUUUAAAUGGUGGCAAUGCAGGACCUGCGGUCGCAGCUGCAAGAUUUAUUCCGGAACAACAGACUCAAGGACGUGAAUCUAGUGUAGCUAAGCUUAAAAAAAUUUCCUCUCUGGUUCGUCCCCCUUCUUCUUCGGUUCGAUUUCCUUUCUCCAGAAGUGCAACGCAGCGGAUCCGUACAAGUUCGACAGUGGAAACUCCGGUUUCCACCUGCUUACAGGGGACACCGUUCGUGCAAGAUUUUCGAGGACACAGUUUGAAGACUCGAUUUACGAGAACACCACACGGCCUCCGUAUCUUAUUCGGCACUGCUAAUCCUGCCUUGGCUCAGGAUAUUUCUUGCUAUUUGGGUCUGGAGCUUGGGAAAAUCAAGAUUAAACGUGAUUCCAUUGCAGCCAAGCUUGUGGCAAAUUUGCUCGAUCAUGUUUCUGGCCAGCAGCAGCAGCUGAUUCGAGAUGGUUUUGAAGAAUGGACAAGUUUCAUAACCAAAGUAUGUCAUCUUAAUCUGAUUCACGAGUAUUAUUUGCGCAUUGCCAAACAGUUGAGCUGUUGUGAGAAAGUUACAAGGGAUUUAGCAGGACAACAGUUGCCUCUUGCGUUCAAUCCGUGUGCUUGCUGCUGCUGGUGCAGAGACAACAGCUGGCUCUUGCGUUCAAUCCAUGUGCAACUCGCUACUGGUGCAGAGGACAACUGUUGGAUUUUGCGUUCAAUCCAUGUGCUCGCUGCUGGUGCAGAGGAAUUUAAUCUUCAAGCAAUGGAAAGGGCUAUCCAACAUCCAUAAACAUAUUCAAUAGCUUCACCAAUAAUGAUUCGUUACCUCAUAUCCAAGUUCCAAAAGAGUUCCAAAAGGCAUAUGAGAAUUGAUUUCACAAGUAAAAGUUCUAGGAGCUAACAUAUGAGGAUUGUCUCAACCUAAUUGCUCGUGUUCCUGUUGUAGCUGCGUAUGUUUAUCGGAGGAUGUACAAGAAUGGUGAUUCCAUCCCCUCAGAUACAUCUUUGGAUUAUGGUGCAAAUUUGUUUUCCCACAUGUUGGGAUUUGGUGAUGAAAAGAUGAAAGAGCUCACGAGGCUUUACAUCACUAUCCACAGGAAGUUCUUUGGAUCAAAUCAGCUGUGAAGGAAUGUGGAGAAAACAUAUCGAAAGAGCAGUUGAUAUGUUUGGAAGACAUUAAACAAUAGCAAGGUAAAAACACACACAAUUCCUCUACAUGAUCCCAGGGCAAAGAGAGUUUGCCUUGAAGCAUUUACCUGAUGACCCUCUUUUGCAGCUGGUGUCAAAGCUUUACGAUGUUGUGCCACCCUGUUCUCACCGAGCUUGGAAAGGUAGUAUCUCUAUCAUUUCUAGUAUAACAGGGGGAACGUUUCAUGUAAUGGAUUACGUUGAAAGUAUGACAAAGCUUGCGAACUCCUUAAAUAUUCCACUAACAACUCUACAACACCUAUAUACAAGGCUUGCGAACUCCUUUGCCGAUCAUUUCGAAUUUGAAUAUACUUACAAAUGCUAUGAUGGCUUGUUAUAGGUGAAGAACCCGUGACCAAAUGUUGAUGCUCGCAGUGGG